UGCACGUUAAGUCAUUUACCUCACGUUUGAAAAUAAUACCCGAUCACGCGAUGUACCAAAGCGUUCUCCUUCUCCUAACUACCGUACUCUGAACCCACGGCGCAUUAUAGCAAAGUGCCCUUUCUUCCCAGACUCCCUCUCACCCUCCAGAAACAAAACCCCCAGCAACUCUCUCUCUCUCUCUCUCUGUGUCUCUGUUUCUCAUCCCAAACCCGACUUCCUUUCUUCCGUCACAUGUGUAAUUUCCUCCGUCAUAUGUUUAAGACCAAAACCCGAGCCGACGCGACGGAUCCAACUCCAUCCAUCUCCAACCGCACCACCCGCCGAACCCCUCCCUCCUCCUCCACCACCUCCACCUCCACCUCCACCGCUACUACCAGCUACGGCGCCACCGAUUCUGCCCGUGCCACCUCAUCCGCCGCCACCAGCACCUCUGCCUCGAGCCACUCCUCCCUCGCCAGCCUCCGUUCCUCCUUGCCGGAAAACUCCCACAUCUAUUCCUUCUCUGAGAUCUCCUCCGCCACCAACAACUUCCUCUCCAAACCCAUCUCCUCCUCCACCUGGCGCUGUACCCUCCGCUCGAAACCCACCGCCGUCGUCCAGCGCCGGCUCCGCCGCCCCCUCGACUCUACCCAACUCCGCUUCCUCCUCUCCUCCAUCUCCCGUACCCAUCAUACCAGCAUCAUCAAGCUCCUCGGAGCCUGCAUCUCCGGCGACUUCAUCUACCUCGUCUACGACUUCGCCUCCGGCGCCACCCUCUCCACCGCCCUCCGUAACCCCCAAAACCCCAGCUUCACCCUCCUCCCCUCCUGGCUCUCCCGAAUGCAGAUCGCGACGGACCUCUCCCAAGGUCUCGAGUACAUACACCAUUCCUCCGGUGAAAAUAUCAUCCACAACCACAUCAAAUCCUCUGCCAUCAUCGUCUCCGAUCCCUCCCUCAAUGCCCGGAUCUGCCAUUUCGGCGCGUCCCUGCUGACCGGAGAAACCCCGGAAGCGUCAUCGUCGUCGUCGUCGUCCUCGACAUUGCAGAGAUCUGAUUCUAGGGCUUCGAGGGUGGAAGGGACGCGAGGGUACAUGAGUCCGGAGUUUUUAACGGCUGGGAUCAUUUCUCAGAAAUCGGAUGUGUAUGCGUUUGGGGUUGUGAUUUUGGAGCUGUUUUCAGGAGAGGAGCCUUUGAAGUAUAGAUUCGAUGGAAGGAGAGGGGAUUAUGAGAGGAUUUCGCUGAUUGAGACUGCGAGGGAUGCUUUGGAGAGAAAUGAGGAUGGGAUGCUAAGGCGGUGGAUGGACCGGAGGAUGAAGGACUCUUUUCCUGCCGAGGUCGCGGAGAAGAUGAUACGUCUUGCUCUGGAUUGUGUCCACGUGGAAGCUGAUAAACGGCCGGAUAUAAGUCGGGUGGCCGGGAAGGUGUCGAAGCUGUAUUUGGAUUCGAGGGUCUGGGCGGAGCGGAUGAAGAUUCCCACCGAAAUUUCAGUGUCCCUGGCGGCUCGCUGAAGGUGGCGAUGCACGUGGGGUCCGCGGACAGUUCUUUACCCACGUGCGAAUGUGGCCCCGGAGCCGUUACUUGCGGCCGGACGACAAUUGCCUGCGGCCAAGGGCUGAUUCCCUCCUGCCUAAGGAUUUGCUAAAUCCACC